CAUUCAGUGAAACACUCGCAAGACAAACGCGACGACUCGACGACACGACGACACGACGACGACCCGACGGCAGUAACGCUGUAACGCGUGUGGAUGCGGGUGUGGACGCAUAGGGUUGGGACUGGCCUGUCUCGUCACGUGCAGGUGGCUUGUGCUGGGCAGCCCUUGAGUCGGGAAUUUUGGGGGGUUGUUCGACAACAGACCGCCCAGAUGGCCAACGCGGCGGCUGCACAGGCCACCCGCAAGUCCGGUGCCGAGGCUCUGGCGCAACUGCGCUUUGAUAACAGCGCGCUGCGCGAACUCCCUGUGGACCCUGAGACCAAAAACUUUACUCGUCGCGUCUCUGGAGCAUUCUACUCCCGCGUUGAACCGGCUCCCGUCGAAAACCCUCAAGUGGUUGCACUGUCCUGGCCUGCUCUUGAGCUGCUGGGCCUCACCGAGGCGACGGUACAAGUUGAUGAUGACUUUGUCGCCGCAUUUGCUGGCAAUGUUCCCAUCCCCGGAGCCGAGUAUGCCGCACACUGCUAUUGUGGCCAUCAAUUUGGUUACUUCUCCGGUCAGCUCGGGGAUGGAGCCGCCAUGUACUUGGGCGAGGUCGUCAAUGAGCGCAAUGAGCGCUGGGAACUUCAGUUCAAAGGUGCUGGACUGACCCCGUUUUCGCGACAGGCCGAUGGCCGCAAGGUUCUUCGCUCCUCAAUCCGAGAGUUUUUAUGCUCAGAGGCCAUGCAUGCCCUCAACAUCCCCACGACUCGAGCGGGAUCCUUGAUCACCUCUGACACGCGGGUGGUCCGCGAUAUUUUUUACACGGGAUCCCUGAUCCAAGAACGAGCCACAGUCAUUACCCGCCUUGCGCCCAGCUUCCUGCGCUUUGGCUCUUUCGAAGUAGUCAAGGAGAAGGACCCCAAGACAAUGCAGGAAGGCUCCAGCCCGGGUCAAGUGGAACUCACCAAGAAACUGCUCGACUACCUGCUUGCACACCACUUUGCCGACAUCUGGUCCCAGGAUAGCUCGCCCGAGGACAAGUUUGCUGAAUUUCUGGCCGAGGUGACGCGACGGACCGCUGCUCUAGUCGCCCAGUGGCAGUGCGUGGGCUGGUGUCACGGCGUGCUCAAUACAGACAACAUGAGCGUUCUUGGCCUGACCAUCGACUACGGGCCCUUUGGCUUUAUGGAGCAGUAUGACCCCAACUUCAUCUGCAACCGCUCCGAUGAUGGAGGGCGUUACGAUUACCAGUCACAGCCCGAGAUUUGCCGUUGGAACCUUCACCGCCUCGCCGAUGUACUCGUACCCCAUCUUCCGCUCGAGCGCGCCCGCGAUAUCAUUGACAGGCACUACACCCGCACCUUUGAGCAGGCUUACAUGGAUGGCAUGCGAGCCAAGCUGGGGUUGUUGUAUCCUCAGGGCGAGGAUCAAGAGCUCAUCAAAGCCCUUUUCACCGUCAUGGCCAAGACAUCAGCCGAUUUCACCAACACUUUCCGUCUGCUGAGCCGUUUCUCCAUCGACGACCAAGGCCGGGCGCUUUGGCCUGCCUUGCGAGAGCAGUUGUAUCCACUGGAUGUUCAACGGCUGUUGAGUAAGCCACGGAUCCCCGAAGACCAAAUGCGGCAGCUACUGGCCAUGCCUCAGCUGGCCGAGAUGAUUGGCCUGGGGGCUGGCGUCCUAAAUGUGGAGCAGCGCAAGUCGGCCCGUUUCAAAGAACUGCAACAACAGACGCAAGAAGCCAUGGACGAAGAUAACCUGACGCAUUGGCAACUUUGGUUCAACAAAUAUGCUGCACGCCUGCAGGUCGACAAUGACACGGCUCUCAAGCAGGACCAGAUGGCACGCGAUGCCGUCGAAUCACGUCGCCGACAGGUGAUGGAUGAACACAACCCAUCCUUUGUAUUGCGCAACCAUGUGGCGCAGACUGCCAUUGCCAAGGCUGAGCAGGGCGACUUUUCGGAAGUGCAGCGAGUACUUGAGGAACUCCGCCGUCCCUUUGCUGAGCGCGAGGAUUUACAGCGCGCCCCGCAAGAGCAGAAACAUGGUUUCAGCGCACCUGCCUUCACCGAUCCGCAUCAGCGCGCCGCCGAGCGCCUCCACAGCAUGGCUGGGUUGCCCUUUGUCGACCUCGUCUUUUUGGCGGGCGUCAAGGAUCCGGACGGAGCUGAGGCGCCGAACCAGCGGGGGCAACGCACCUAUCUGGAAGCUUUGGUCUAUGCCCUUGAACGUGCCGAUGGCGAGCGGACCAUGCGUUGCCUGGCCUUCAUAUCUCAUCUGCCGCUCUGGUACCAGCAAAGAGCGGCCCUGCGUUACGUCUAUGAGCAACCCGUCCGUGCGCAAGCCAAACUGCUCAACACCAUCCUCAGCCUGCGCGUCUACAGCCGCCUUUCCAUCUACCGCCCCCCCUUGGCCCUCUUGCAGGCCCCUUUUGGCGUGAUUGACUUGCUACUGCAAUAUCUUUGCCCCCGAGACGUUGUUCACAUUGUGCUGCACGCCGUCCUAGGCCGCAAGAUUAUUGUGGCUGGCCGCCACAUGACAGGCGUGGCUCACGCUUGUGCAGCCAUCCAACAACUGAUGUAUCCCCUCAGUGUGUGGUCUGUGUUUAUUCCCAACCUUCCGCGACACCUGGUGGCCGACGUGACGCCGAUCCCGUCGCAAUACCUUGUGGGCAUUCACAGUGAUGACUUGCCUUUGGCCGACGUGGGCGACGGCAUUGUCGUCCAACUGGACGACUCACAGCUGCAGGGCAGCACAGCGAUGGAUUUACCUGCGCUUCCCGAAGUGGAACAGCUCAUCCUCGACGUGCAGUUUGCUCAGGCGUACACCACGGCCAUCAACCAUGCUACCACAUCCCACGAGUACCUUCGCUUUGACGAAGCAUACAAUGCCUUUGGCCCUGACAGCUUUGAAAGUGACAUCGCUCGGCGAGGGGGUGACUCGACCGGCACGCAACACUCCAGUGCCGAUGACAAGCUGCAAGCCGUCCUGCUCGCCAUUGGCGAGGGGAGCCUCGGCGCUCGUGUGCGCUGGCUCUUCCUCCGCUUUUGGACCAUGCUGCUCAAGGACUUUUCACAGAUGUUUCUUUUCAUUGGUGACCCCAUGCUCGUGCAAAAGGAUGAGCAAAGGGCUCCCAUCUUCAAUCAGCGCUGCUUUCUCUACCACGAACGGGUCGGCGCAUUACUGAAACAGCCUCUGCAUUUCUAUAUCCAGGCCUUGUGGGCCGUGCUUGUUUUGCUUGCAUCGCGCGCGUUGCCCGGGAGCUCACGCCGCCUGGUGCUGUCUUUCUGUGGUGCUGCCCAGUGCAAGAACGCAGCUUUUAUGCAACCUUUUGACCUGUUUCUUCGGUCGUACAUGCAAGGCAAGGAGGCGACCGUACCCACGGUCCUUCACCUGUUUGCGUGGACAGCGCUGCAGGAAGCCCCAAACACGAGCGUACAGCUGCAGCUCGACCGCACUUUGCCACAGACUCCCGUCGAGGACCCCAAACUUCCACAUCACGCGCCAGGCGAGGCAAACUUGGCCGAUGAUGAUUUGAACAAGCGCACACCACUGCGCCCCCCACUUCGCGAAGGCCACCGUCACUACGACCAUGCCCUUUUGCGCACCAGCUGGGAGCGGGCUCCGCAGUGCGUGCGCGACUUUUUGCAGCUGAUUGUGGCUGACGCACGGGUUGCUGAUCUGGAUACGUGGUACCGCGCCAAUCUGACCGAGUUUCAGGCCUCCGUUCAAGAUGAAUACGUGGCAUAUGGCGUUGCCCGCCGCUUAUGGACCCUGCAUCACCGUGACAAGCUGGCGACAAGCUCUGAAUCCAAGCGGGAGUUUGCACUGUCAGCGCGCAAGUUUGACAUCCUACUCAACGUCCUACACACCCUCUUAAAUCAUGCACCCCCCGAUGCCAGUCUCAGCGCGGCUGAAGCUGGUAGCGCCCCUCUGCAUCGCUACAUCGCGGCCCGCAGCUGGGUUGACCGCGUGGCUGCGCAUCUAGUGCCUGUCAUCAAUGGUUACUCGUACCGAGACACACGAAGCGAUCGACAGCUCUUGUCAGACCAGUUCUGGCAUCACCCCCUCUGGGACAGCAUUGAGUUUUGGGUUGACACCAUCCUCCAUCAUGUGGAAACCGCUCACUCCGAAUGCCUACGAGCUGGCGGCUCGGAGGAUCUGGUGACCGACUUUUCCAAUGCAGCCCGCGGUGUCAUUGCUGAGUUUGUCUUAUACAUGCACAACCUUGGGGUCGCGAUUGAAGUCAUCCGCCGCGUGGUCCAAGAAACGGCCGAAUUUUAUUGCAAGCUCGCGCCAUCCUACGUCACCACGCUGGAGAGCAUCAUCCCUGCGGAGGCUAAGCAGCGCCAGGCUCGUCCAGGCCGACCUUCCCUGCGCCAUCUUAGCCUUAGCUAUCACCGCAACUCGCUGGUGGUUGAUGUAUUUGAUGACCCGACUGCCAUAGCGCUUCUGCCGGACCGUGCGGCCCUUCUUUUGCCGGCUGAAUCUUCGACCUUUGGCUAUUUGGGUGUUACCUUGUUGUACACACAUGGGCGCCGUUGGGCUUGCGCUACGGGCAAUCUGCAUAUCACCAACUAUCGCAUCCUGUUUACCGGAUGGGCACAGAGUGCUCAAGAGCGCGGUGACCACCGAGUAUACGCCAGCGACAAUCUUCAACGCCGCAACCUGCGUUCGACUACAAGCUCACAACUCUCCCCGGUGGCCGAAGAGGGCACGUCAAAAUCCCCCUCUUCAAUCAGUGCGCAAGAGCGUAGUGAUGGUCCCCCUCGUACCUCAACGCCUGUGACCAGUCGGACCAACAGUCUGUCGCGCUCCUCAUUUCCCACUUUGGGCCUGUCCACGGAGGAUCUGGAUGAAGAGUAUGGAUCAGAUGACGAGCUUGAGGAUCAGAUGGAUAUUUCUGAGUUCUGGGCGCCCACGGACAGUUUUGCACCCGUGGUUCUCAGCAUGCCCUUGGCGGCCGUGGCCAACAUCAAUACGUUCUCGAUUGACGGAAUGGCACACCAGCGGGCGCGACAAUGGCACACCAAGGGCAUAGUCAUACUCGGCAAAAACUUUCAGACCAUGCGGCUUACCGUUGACAAGGUUCAUGCUCCUGUGCUGGCGGAUAUCGAAGGCAACCUCCACCGCGUGCUUGAACGAGUCAAUGACCAGAAUUCAUUUGCGAUGCACACCUCGACCAAAAAGAAUCAAGCUGAUGUCAGUCUAGCAACCCCUCCCUUCUUGGUUGAACUCUUUGAGCUGCGCUGCGUUUCAUGCUUGAUCAAGCCUCACGCGCAUGCUCUGUCGGGCCGGAAAACAGUGGCUUCGCUCGAGACGAUCCACCGCAUUGUGGUGGAAGGCUUCCGCCGCAAAUCUCGAAUGAUCUCCACGACAAGUGACGGCUCAUCUCGCGACUCCAGUUUCCAUAGUCUUGUGAGCACGCUUUCGGCCACCCAUGCCGGCGAGCACUCCUUGGACGAAACCAUCGCCUCGGCAUUGGCCGUAGAUGCAACGCGUCAGGACACGUUAUUUUCUGACUUUGAUCGCAUGAACAUCCUGGGCGUUGACCAUUCCUCGGGUGUCCUUCCUGGUUGGCGGGCAGUACCCAACCACGGCUUUCGCAAAGUGCACAGCUACCCUGAACUGUUUUUGCUGCCUGAUGCCUUGGACCCGAGCGAGGAAGCGGGUGCCAUGUCCGCUUUUGUACAUAACCGCAUCCCCAUCCUGCAGUGGACCAAUGCGACAACGGGUGCAGCCAUCCUCAUGGGCGCUGCAUGUGCGCAAGCCUCCUGCAGCAGCGUGCAAGCAUUCUAUCGCGCCCUGCUGGAUCUGCGCGUCAAGCCGGUCCGAGGUCAAAACGCGCAGGGAUCGCAACGCUUGAUGGAUUUAAAGCUGCAAAAGCUACCCGUGUCCAAAGGGUCGGAUGCGCAGCCGCAGAUAGUUGUGCUAGGAGACAAUGCUAGCACCCAAGAUCCACAAAUUCCCGGCGUCACCUUUAUUGAUGUGACCAUGGCAUCACGCCCUCUAAUCACCAGCGUUGCCACUAUUCACGAGAUGGCGCGAGAACUUUCGGUGCUGGCUGCCGGACUGGACACGGGAAGCUUCUGGCGCGACUUGGACAAAAUCGGUUGGCUGACACAGGUGGCCGAUUUGCUCCACUGGUCCAAUGUCAUUGCCGACUUGUGUACCGAAACACACGCGGUUGUUGUGAUUGCCAUGGAGCAUGGGUGCGAUGCCGCCAUGCAGUUGACGAGUUUGGCCAUGCUGCAACUGGACACCCAUUAUCGCCAGCUAGAUGCCUUCAUGGCGCAUAUCAUCAAUCGCGUGUGGAUUCAGCACGGGCAUCCAUUUGCGGCACGCGCCGGCCUCGUGGCCGCCAAGCCGUCUCCCCGCAGUGCCGAGCUGUCGGGCGUUGCGGGACUACCUGCCCCAACUUUUGGUCUGUUUUUGGACUGCGUUUAUCAGAUGUUAUCACAAUUUCCGGCCCAGUUUGAGUUCAAUGCCGAGCUUUUGGAGGCAAUCUUUCACCACAGCUACUCUGCCCGCUUUGGCAACUUCCUAUGCAACGACCAAGCUUACCGAGAUCGACUUGGUAUCGAUAUGGACGACCUCUUUGCGUUUGUGAUGGAUGCUCACGCCAAAACACCGCAAUAUGCCAAUCUGAUGUACAGUGCCUGCAACGCGCACGUUCUCCGCACCAACGCGGCGCUUCCCAUGAUGCAGCUGUGGCGGCAGGUGUACAUGCCCACACCCGUGCUUGCCACAAACGAGCAGGCCGGAAAAGGCAGUUGCCCGGACCAUGUGUGGCAGGCAGCUCACGAGCACGCGAAAAGCUGGGACCAAGCACCAGAGGGCCACUACGUCGGAUUGUGGAACGUCUUGCGUGACUUGGCUACAGCACGAGGCGUGGACUGGGCGGUUAUUUGGGCACAACGGCAGCCGGCAACGCCCAGCGCACCGCCCACGCCAGAUUGGCGGCUCAAGGGCUCUAUGCGUGGCCUCAACGGCCGCUUACUAACGCGCUCAACCGUGCGCUCUAAGCGGCGGCGUCAUUCGUCUUUUGCCGUGCCACAGAUCCGGCGCUUCUUCUCCUCCGACUCGGUUGACGUUGAGGACGAGGUUAUUCACGAAGCGCUGGUAGAGGAUGCGCCAGAGGUGACCAAUGCCAUCUUUUAUGACGUCGAGCUGGAAGGUCAAUCUGGAACUGGCCCUCCAGCGCGUGAAUUUGCCGUGUCUCUCGUCAAACAGCGAUUGGGCAAGACGUUCCUUGUGGCGGGCAGCUUGUUUGUGCACGCCAUCAUUGAGUUUUACCCGCACAACCACAGCCGCAGCGCCUCCUUUGUUCUUACCCACAACUCCCACGUGGAAGUUAAAGAUCAGCUGCGCCGCGGUGAGGGCGCGUACCUAAUCAUCCGCGUGGCCCCACGACACUCGCUGACCUUUUUGUUCGAGACCCCGGCCGACCGGCGCGCGUGUCACGAGGCUCUCCUGCAGUGCAUGCAACAAAGCGACGCCUAAACAAGGUCGCGCGUCAUCGGCUCGAGGCUUGUCCUCAAGUGCCAACUAAUUAUGGGGCCUGCGCUUUCAAUCUUCUCUGCCAUCAUAAAUAAUACCCCUCCUAAAUAAACUCCAUACUACUCAGUCCAGUGUCGAUCAGUUGAGAUUUGAACU